AUGGAAUUUCCUAAUGAAGAGAAGGGAGAUGAUCAACUUGAAAACAGUGUUCAGGAGUCUAUGGCGCAUGAGCAGACAGAUAUCGAAGAACAUGCCUCUGUAGGAAAGAAAAACAUAGAAGAGGAGUGGGCUGGCGCACCUCUUGCUCCAGCUGAUUCUCUUUGGACCACUGAUGCUAAAGGCUCAGUAAGACUGAGAAUAGACGAAGGGUGUCCAGAGGAACCUGUCACAGUUCACCAAAUGUUCAAAGUCUCAGUUGAAAAAUAUGGAAACAUGUAUGCACUCGCCAGCAAGAAGAACAACAAAUGGGAAAAGAUAACUUUCUUGGAGUAUUAUCAAUUCUGCCGGAGAGCAGCCAAGAGCUUUAUAAAGCUUGGUUUAGAGCGAUUCCAUGGAGUGGGAAUACUAGGAUUCAAUUCCGCAGAAUGGUUCUUCUCUGCAGUCGGUGCCAUCAUGGCAGGGGGGAUAGUGGCUGGCAUUUAUGCCACAAACUCACCAGAAGCAUGUCAGUAUGUGGCUAGUGACUCCAAAGCCAACAUUAUUGUGGUGGAAAACCAAAAGCAAUUGGACAAAAUCCUGCAGAUACGUGACAGACUGCCCCAUCUGAAAGCCAUAGUGCAGUACAGUGGACACCCCCAGCAGAAGAUCUCUGAACUUUACUCUUGGGAGGAGUUCAUGCAGCUGGGUCUAGAUGUUUCUGAGGAAGAACUGGAUGACCUCAUCUGCAGCCAGAGAGCCAACCAAUGCUGCGUCCUGAUCUACACCUCUGGCACCACAGGCAGACCAAAGGGAGUCAUGCUCAGUCAUGACAAUAUCACAUGGACUGCCAAUCAUGCCAGCAGGGCUGGCAACAUGCAGCCGGCCGACACCAAACAGGAGUCACUGGUGAGCUACUUGCCUCUGAGCCACAUCGCCGCUCAGAUCUAUGAUCUCUGGACAGGCAUCCAGUGGGGUGAGCUGGUAUACUUCGCACAGCCAGAUGCCUUAAAGGGAAGCCUGAUAACAACACUGCGAGAAGUUUGUCCUACAUCCCAUAUGGGUGUCCCGCGGGUAUGGGAGAAGAUGAUGGAGAAGAUAAAACAGGGAAUUAGUGAGUGUGGAUAUGUGAAAAAGAAACUGGUGACAUGGGCAAUGUCAGUCAGUUUGGAAGCCAAUCAAAAGUAUAUGCAGAAGGAUGAAGAGAAACCUUUCCUCUUUUUUCUGGCUGACAGUUUUGUGCUGCAGAAGAUUCGGGCUGAGCUGGGCCUGUCUUGCUGUCAGAAGUUCUUCUCUGGAGCAGCACCAAUCGGUAGUGAGACGAUGCAGUUUUUCCUGGGCCUGAAUAUCAGGCUGUAUGAGGUAUAUGGCAUGAGUGAGAGCACAGGGCCCCACUUUAUGUCAAGUCCCAAAGCUUACAAACUACCAAGCUGUGGCAAGGUGGUGCCUGGCUGUCGAUACAAAAUGGCCAACAUAGACUCUGAUGGGACAGGUGAAAUAUGCUUUUGGGGACGUAACAUUUUCAUGGGUUUCCUCAAUGUGGAAGACAAGACAAGAGAAGCUUUGGAUGAAGAUGGAUUUCUGCAUUCUGGAGACCUUGGGAAGAUAGAUGAAGAGGGGUUCUUGUACAUCACAGGGAGAAUAAAAGAGUUGAUCAUCACUGCUGGAGGUGAGAAUAUUCCCCCUCUUCCCAUAGAGGAAGCAGUGAAGCGGGAGCUACCUAUCAUCAGCAAUGCCAUGCUCAUAGGGGACAAGAGGAAAUUCUUGUCAAUGCUUUUGACCUUAAAGUGUGGUAGCAUAACAGAAACCAUGGAACCAACAGAGGUGCUGAAUUCGGAGGCUGUGGCGUUUUGCCAACAGCUAGGCAGCCAAGCAACUAAAGUGUCUGACAUCAUUGGAGGAAAAGACAAACAAGUGUACCAGGCAAUUCAAGAAGGAAUCAACAGAGUCAACUCUGCAGCCACCUCUAAUGCCCAACGCAUACAAAAGUGGACUAUUCUCAGAAAGGACUUUUCCGUUUCUGGAGGAGAGCUGGGUCCAACAAUGAAGCUUCGUCGCCCAGUCGUGUUGGAGAUGUACCACAAGGUCAUAGAGAGCUUCUAUGAAGAAUAGUUUAUAGAGAACUGACUAACUGUUAGUAUGAAAAUCACGUCACUUGCAAAUCUCAUAAUGUUUGAGGACAUGCAUGGAAUUUAAUUAUAUCUAGUCUUGUGUAUAAAAUGCAUAAAUAAUACAGGAACCAUAUUUAAUUUUUUAAUAAUAUUUAAUCCUUGAUGACAUAUCCCACUCCAUUAAUUUCCUUCUUUUGAUAUUGAUGCCAUCUGGGCGGAGGUUCAGAGUUCCUUGUGCACGGAAGUGCUGUUAUGAAAAAUCCUUUAUCCCUCUGCCAUUGUGCAGCUCAACAGCAGCUAAGGAGAAACAUGGAUAUACUGUGCUGAGCCAGCAUGUAGCACUCUGUAUUUAGUAUUUAAUUUUAAACUGACACUGGUCAACUGUACUGUUCUGUACUGUAUUGUAUUUCUACAUGCACC